CGCGCCUUGAUGACGUAAAUCUCCUGCGCGGCGGAGCCGCGCGUGAGGAAGCUCGGAUGUCCCUUUGCUUGACGAUCCUGGGGCUCGCGACCCAACACCAUGAAGGAAACGCCACUCUCAAACUGUGAGCGCCGCUUCCUGCUCCGCGCCAUCGAAGAGAAGAAGCGGCUGGAUGGCAGACAAACCUAUGAUUAUAGAAACAUCAGGAUCUCAUUUGGAACAGAUUAUGGGUGCUGUAUUGUGGAACUUGGGAAGACAAGAGUUCUUGGACAGGUUUCCUGUGAACUUGUGUCUCCAAAACUUAAUAGGGCCACAGAAGGUAUUCUUUUUUUUAACCUUGAACUCUCUCAGAUGGCAGCUCCAGCUUUUGAACCUGGCAGGCAGUCAGAUCUCUUGGUGAAGUUGAAUCGACUCUUGGAAAGAUGUCUAAGAAAUUCGAAGUGUAUAGACACUGAAUCUCUCUGUGUUGUUGCUGGUGAAAAGGUUUGGCAAAUACGUGUGGAUCUACAUUUAUUAAAUCAUGAUGGAAAUAUUAUUGAUGCUGCCAGCAUUGCUGCAAUUGUGGCCUUAAGUCACUUCCGAAGACCUGAUGUCUCUGUCCAGGGAGAUGAAGUGACACUGUAUACACAUGAAGAGCGUGAUCCUGUACCAUUAAGCAUCCACCACAUGCCUAUUUGUGUCAGUUUUGCCUUUUUCCAGCAAGGAACAUAUUUAUUGGUGGAUCCCAAUGAACGAGAAGAACGUGUGAUGGAUGGCUUGCUGGUGAUUGCCAUGAACAAACAUCGAGAGAUUUGUACUAUCCAAUCCAGUGGUGGGAUAAUGCUGCUAAAAGAUCAAGUUUUGAGAUGCAGUAAAAUAGCUGGUGUGAAAGUAGCAGAAAUUACAGAGCUAAUACAGAAAGCUUUGGAGAAUGACCAGAAAGUUAGAAAAGAAGGUGGAAAGUUUGGCUUUGCAGAGUCUAUAGCAAAUCAAAGGAUCACAGCAUUUAAAAUGGAAAAGGCCCCUGUUGAUACCUCAGAUGUAGAGGAGAAAGCAGAAGAAAUCAUUGCUGAAGCUGAACCUCCUUCAGAAGUUGUUUCUAAACCUGUGUUAUGGACUCCUGGAACUGCCCAAAUUGGAGAGGGAAUAGAAAACUCCUGGGGUGAUCUCGAAGACUCUGGGAAGGAGGAUGAGGAUGAAGGUGGCAGUGAUGAUGCUAUCAUGCUUGAUAGCAUAAAAAUGGACACUGGAUUAGAAGUCUCUGAUAUUGGAAGCCAAGAUGCCCCUAUAGUACUCUCAGAUAGUGAAGAAGAAGAAAUCAUCAUUUUAGAACCAGACAAGAAUCUGAAGAAAAUAAGAACACAGAACAUCAGUGCAAAGCCAGAAAAAGCACCAACUAAAAAGCCAGUGAAAAAGAGAAAAAAGAAGAGAGCUGUUAAUUAAAGCUAACAUAGUUGUAUAUAUAACUAUUAAAAGGAUAUUUAUUC